GAAGUUCACUUUUGAACUUUCUGUGACCAAAACAUUGCACUAAUUUUUCAGUUACGUUAUCCAUCACCAAGCUAUUGUUUACGGAGUAAUCACUGGUUCCAUAUUUCUGAAACAAGAAUGAGUAAAAGAAAGAAUCCAUCUGAUAACGGCAACCCAAAUGCGAAUUUCUGCGAUUUUUUAAUGGAAUUGGCUGAUUUUGAAAAAAAUGUGAGCCGAAAUAUUCAUAAGUACAAUGCUUACAGAAAAGCCGCUAGUGUAUUAGCUGGUCACACCAAGAAAAUUGAGUCGGGCGAAGAAGCUAAAAAGCUGAACGGUAUCGGCGAUAAAAUUUCAAAGAAAAUUGAUGAGUUCUUACAAACCGGUAAAUUGAGAAAGCUAGAAAAUAUACAUCAAGAUGAAAACGCUCAGGCAAUUAGCUUAUUAACAAGAGUGUCUGGUAUCGGACCAGUAAAGGCAGCCGACUUGCUUCUUAGUGGGAUAAAAACUUUGGAUGACUUGAGGAAAAACCAAAGUAAAUUGAAUCACCAUCAACUGAUUGGCUUAAAGUAUUUUGAAGAGUUUGAGAAGAAAAUUCCGAGAGCAGAAAUACAGGAAAUUGAAUGUUUAUUAAAAGCCGCAUUGAAAGAUUUAGAUCCUGAUUUCAAAAUUACCAUUUGCGGCAGUUACAGACGUGGGAAGACAGAGAGCGGUGAUAUAGAUGCGCUUGUAACUCAUCCAUCGCUGAAGUUCGAAGAGAAAAAGAAGCAGAGCGAGAAGUUACUAAAGACUGUUGUGGAAGCUUUGAAUGAUCUGAUCACUGAUGUGAUAUCAAUGGGAGAUACCAAGUUCAUGGGUGUAUGCCGUCUAUCAAAUGAACAUCCCUUUCGACGUUUGGACAUUCGUUUUAUCCCAAACCACCAGUACUACUGCGCUGUGCUAUAUUUCACAGGGAGUGAUGUCUUUAACAAACAGAUGCGGGCGCACGCACUCGAUAAGGGUUUUACCCUCAAUGAAUACUCUUUGAGACCAAUUGGAUGUACUGGUGUGCCUGGAGAGCCCGUGCCUAUCACAUCAGAAGAAGACGUUUUUGACUACAUCGACUACCCUUACAAACAACCGGAAGAACGCAACAUGUAGAUGUUGAAUAAUUUCCAUGGUGCAUCAGAAAUUAAAGUCCAAAAUGGUUUCAAAUCACUGAAAAACUUACAAUAUAUAUAAUAACAUGUUGCAAUUUAGUGCAAUUUAUUCUAUUUUGCAGUUGCUUUCAGGUUAUUGCCAACAUGGUUUACAACAAAGCCUUACGUUUAAUAACAAUAGCCCUACAAAAAUGUUGGACAGCAAAGGGAGCGUUCAUAAAAUACGUUUAAGGGGGGGGAGGGGGUAGAGUCGAAUCUCAUCUAAUCUUACGUUGGAGAGAGGGGGGGGGGUCUCAUCAAAUAACUUAUACAUACUUUGGUCCAUUGGUAUUUUUACAAUAACAAUUUGAAGAAAGCCACUUUUGAAAAAUCUUACAUGAGAUUGGGGGAUGGGGGAGGGGGUUGAAUAAAAUCUCACGUCUCACUAGGGGGAGGGAGGGACAGA